AUGAACGGCGGCGUGAUUGCCAUCCUGGCAAACGUCGGCCUCGUUGUUGUGCUCGCCAUUGCGUUCUUCAUAGUGCGGCGCAAGGUCCUCCACGUGCACACACAGAGACUGCGCGAGCUCGCGGCCCCGCUGCUCGGCACGCCGAGUGCAAGUGCGGACCAUCGACUGGAUGCUGCCAUGAGAGAAGCGGAGAAGGGCUCUGACGUGUGUUCUGUGUGUGAGUUUGCGAACUUUAAGGACGCGCACUGCUGUGCCGUCUGUGGCGAGCGCUUGGACGCGAGUACGACGCAUGAAGACCGAAUGGGACGAUAUAAGAGGAGGUUCAGGAGAAGAGGGAAGAGGAAGCGAAAGGGUAUUGCAGGGCCUGGCCGCUUGACAGAGCGCCAGGUGCGUGCGAGAAAGAGGAAGGAGUGGACACGAAGAGUGGACGUGGAGGGCAACAUGUUUUGGUUUCGUGCCAAAGAAGACAGUGGACCUGUCGCGCCUGCUCGAGUGGGCAAAGUGGUACGGUUUGUCAAGCCGGAUGAGAACGUAAAGAUGCCUGGCCAAGUCCUUGGUCCAGUUGCAACAUGCAGUGACGUGACGGUCGUCGAGCCAGCGAAAGUAAAAGUGUUUCACGAGAGCGUAGUCAUGGAUAUCAUUCCAGCUACGAAAUGGGAUGCUGCGGCACGAGCGACUGGCGAAGUGCUGGCCGACAAUACGCAAAUGGGCGUUGAGCGCCGGCGUGAGACGCUGGAGUUAGUCGCGAAGGACUUUCCUUCGAAGUACGCCUACUUUGUCAAGAGCACAGUGUCGCUGCUUGUUCCACCCGAGGUGGAAUUCCUCAAGCUGUCUAUCCACAGGGACUACGUGUUUGAGGAAUCGAUGGAACAUCUUGGAUGCAUUGAUGAAAAGUACGUUCGGUCAGCGAUGCGCAUCAACUUUCUCGAAGAGAGCGGUGUGGACGCAGGUGGGCUUCACCGCGAAUGGUUCUUGAUGCUGACCGAGCUUCUGAUGGAUCCGAAAGCAGGGCUGUUCAAAGCCACGAGUGGGGAGGACCGUGCCUUUUUCUUGAACCCCAACUCUCGCUACGAAAAUGGCGAAGAGCAUCUUUUCUACUAUUAUGGAGCAGGGAGAUUGUUAGGGCGGGCGCUGCUAGAAGGCACGGUGCUUAACUUUCACUUGUGCGUUCCGCUGCUCAAGCUUAUUCUGGGUACGCCUCUGUGCAUGGACGACGUAAAGUACUUUGACCCGGAAGUGCACACAAACAUGAUGUGGAUGCUGGAGAACGACGGCGUCGAGGCUUUGGACCUGGACUUCAGCGUGAUUGAACGCGUAUGCGAUCGGACCAUAACGGUCGAUCUCAUCCCGAAUGGACGCAAUAUCGAAGUCACUGAUGCCAACAAGCACGAGUAUUUGGAGCGCAGGUUUGAGCAUCUACUGCUUAGGAGCGUGGCGGACCAGCUGUACGUAUUCCUCAAGGGCAUCUACGAGGUCAUCCCGCAGCAGCUGUUGAUGCUCUUUGACUAUGAAGAGCUAGACAAUUUGAUGUGCGGGUCUCCGGAGAUCGAUGUCGAUGACUGGGAGAAGAACUCGUCUGUCACUGAAAGUGUAGCGCGAUCACCGACACUCGGAUGGUUUUGGGAGAUUGUGCGCGAGAUGCCGAAUGAGUACCGACGGCGUCUGUUGCAGUUCACCACCGGCUGCUCGCGCGUGCCGCUCGUGGGGUUCAAGGGUCUUACAAGCUACGAUGGCAACGUGUGUCUGUUCACGAUCCGAGGCAUUGUUGGCGCACCAGACGAGUUCGUACGCAGUUUUGCAUGCUUCAACCGGCUGGAUCUGCCGUUGGGCAUCGCCCGAUCUGAGCUGGAGCGCAUGCUCUACGCCGUUCUGGAUACGGAGCCGUACGGAUUCACUACAGACUGA